UUCUGUGAAAUCUACCCGUAAACCUAAUCAAAAUCAAAACUGAGAAGAAAACUCAGCCCGGUGGCGCCUCCUUCCUUAACCGAACCAAAGCUCUGCCAUCGUAAAUUUCCCGGCGGAGCGGAAGACGACGACUAGGAGUGGCGGCGUACGUGAAAAUGAAGAAGCUUGCAAGAAGUUUGAGGAAAUCUCGAGACGACGAUUUAUCUCUCCCGACUCAGGAUGAUCCCGACGAAUCUCGUCCCAUGGAUCCCCAAGAGCAAGAAGAGCUGGUUCGAUCCCUCGAACACGCGCAAGCUCAGCAAGCUCAGUUAUGGACGAGAGUGUUCUCUGCGAUCCUCGUUUGCUACGCUAUCUUCCUAGUCUACUCAAUCUACCAGCAAGCAACUUCCCCCUGGGAAUUGCGGUAUCACGCAUACUUCAUGGAAGAUAUCCCUUCAUGGAUGGUGAUUUCAGCAGACUGGUUAGCUGUUCUGGUAUGCUCCCUGGCCAUCGUUGGGAUACUGAACCGUAGAAGAAAAUGGAUUUGGUACUCCUGCUUUGCUGGGUUUGCGGUCGCUGUAUUUUGGUUCUAUUUUAUGUUAAGGCUGCCGAGAUUCAGGAUGGAUGUGAUAUGGCUUCCUCUAGGACCUCUUUGCGGAUCUUCUGUUUGCCUUUACGUUGAUCAUCUACUCGCCGAAUCAUCAGAAGAGGUGAAGAAACUCAGAAGCUACAUGUAUUCCUACAAAGCGACUUAGUUUCAAAGCUCUGCUAAGCUCCAUCGCUAGCACUACCACUUCGUGGCCAACUAGCUCCUCUGUAGUCAGUUCCUAUCAGUCGAGGGAGUUGCAAUAGUGCUGUGCCACUUACGACGAGGAAGAAGCAAUAGUGCUCAGAAUGAAUCAUGGAAUCACCUCGCCAUGAACUCCUUAAGAGCUCAUCAAGUUUACGUUCACAGGAAUGCCUCUUCGUUUGCUAUUGUAGCAGUGAGUUAACAAGAUUACUGAAUUGUGAUGUAUCUUAUGUGAUUAACAACUUUUUUUCGAUGGAUAGUAAUGAAAAUGGAAACGAAACUAAGGUAUGUGAGUAGUAAAUUGAAGUAAAAAAAAAAAACUAUCAAGGCUAACUAUGCCAUUAAUACGAUUAUAUAUUCUGAGUAAUUAAACGAGCAUUUCAACUAGAUAAUUAGCUUGCACGACCUUAUCUAGGCAGACUGCAUCCCAACGGCCAUCAUGUGGUAGAGAGGCAAUAGAAAAUAUCAUUAAGUUCACUGCUUUCAAAUGGUAAAUAUGAGGUGACAAUAUCCAACAACUUGUACCAACAAAAGCCUAGGCUUGUUCUCCAAAUCCGUACACAUUGACAAAACUUCUUCAAAAACCUAACACAACAGCCUGAUAGAAAUACGGAGUAACACAGAUUACUCAUCCUCCUCAAUAACCUUUGUUCCCAGCCCCUUGAGUCCUUCUGCUGGGAUCUCUGCAACAGUGACAAGGGAAUAGAGCUCCUCCUUGGCAUCUUCAUCAUCAUUCCUCUUCCGAGCAAUGCGAACCCUGAUUCUUCUUGGAACGCUCCUAAUUCCCUUGCUCCAGAUUUGCUUGUUCAGCUUCACGUCCACCCUCACAUCUUUAGUUCCCAUGGCUUUCUCAGCAAACUUCCUGAUCUCCUUGAUGGCCUUGGGAGCCUUCUUCUUGAAAGUACUGCCAUGCAAGCGCUUGUGCAAAUUGAUGGUGAACUCACGAGUCACCACCUCCUCUUUCCUGAUCCUCGUCUUCUCAACCAUCUUGGAUCUCUCUCUCGGUCUGUCGAAGGAUGCAGAGAGAUUGGAAGAAGGCAGCGGGGAAGGAAGCGAAACUGCGGUCAGAC